ACGCGCAGUUUCAGUCAAGCGAGGAAGUUUGCGUUUGAGCUUGUGCUCCGAGUUUGUGAAAAAUUGAUAAUCAAACGUGUUUUUCUGCAGCUUUCUUCGAAAAGUUUCGGGAUUGAAUAGUAGUCUUUCGUAUUGGAUGGAUGUGAUGCAGUACCCUAGCAAAUCUGUGACGUAAACUGCUAAAUAAACUCUUCUAUAGCAUUGACAGUAGAAAGUUUUAAAAACGGCGUUUAUUGACGACUGAAAAGUACUGAAACUGAGUUUCAUUCUUAACGAAAAAUAUUUGAAAUUAAUAUAUGAAAAUCGCACCGAACGUGUAGAACUUUUGUAAUUCAAAAAAACUGUUCAUAAUCGUAAUAUAGUAAAUCUGUACUUGUGAUAGAACAUAUGCAUAAAAAUACCAACGAAAUGGCACCUGACUAACUCAAAUCAUUGAGUAAUAUUUUGUAAUUGAGUUUUAAAAUGCCAUAAGCAAAUUUCAGAGCAAAGUAUAAUUCAUAUGUCAGUUUAUACUUUGAAAUAUUUCUUAAGUUUAAUGCAAUGACAUUUUUUUCCGCACAAGCAGCACCAUUGACCUUGCGACUGCUCCAAAGCGAGGCAUUUAAGAAAUGAAAUUCAAGUUUUGAGAUAAUAUUGAAUAUUUUUACUCAUACAAAAUACGUCAUGCUCACAAGUUAAUCCCGCUUCAAAAGUUUUAAAAUGGAAUUUAGCAAGCUUCGCAGUCUUUUUGAAAAAAUUUCGUAUAGCAGCACUUUCAAGUGUAAAAUGCACUUCAAUACAUUUGAAAUUAUAAACUUGGAUUACAACGUGAAGUUUAGCAACAGGAAACAUGUGAGUACAUAAUCAAAAUCUAGAAGCGUACUACACAAUGAAAGAACAUAGUAUUUCUAGUAACACGUUGUGUGAAAAAAAUAGUAUCUUCAUAAACACGUACGAUGCUGAUCACAGCGAAUUCGACACUUAUUUCGUAUGGCAUACGUGUUGUUUCUAGCGAGUACGUUCGCGGCUCUGAGUGGGGCGGAACUGCCCCCACAUUACACAGUCACAGAUUUGCAGAGGGUGAAACUCAUCCAAGGGAAUAAGAGACUGGAUCCCGGAAAACCGAACAUCACGAUCGGAUUCCUGAGCGAUUUCCAAGACGUGGGCAAACUGAUAGCAGGUGCCAUUCCCUUGGCGGUGGACUUGGUCAACAAUGAUCCCCAACUGUUGCCAAGACACAACCUGCGUUUUAUCACUUAUGAUUCUGGUGGUCCCAACAGCGCUGUCACAAUCAAGAAGAUGACCCAAAUGAGGGAGGAAGGGGUGGUCGCAUUCAUCGGUCCCGAUCACAGCUGCGUGUCGGAAGCUCUUGUGGCGGCAGCCUGGGAUAUGCCCAUGAUUACAUACAAAUGCUCAGACAGUAAAGUAUCGAACAAGACCAUUUUCACCACGUUCGCUCGAACUUUACCUCCCAGCUCCAAAGUGUCGAAAUCCCUGAUAUCGCUCCUCAAGUACUUUAAAUGGAAUCGCUUGAUGCUGCUCGUGGCUAAUAAUCCCUCGGAUAAGCAGGUGGCAGAGAGCUUAUUGACCCUGGCCGAGAGACACGAAAUCAAUAUUGCGGAUACCUACUAUCUGCCCGGAGAUUAUCUCACAAAAGAUAAUACAACGUUGAAAGAUAUCGUGCUGAAGACCUACGAGAGGACAAGAGUUUAUGUUGUGAUUGCCGACACUUACACCCUCGUCGAUUUUGUCCGAUUCAUGCAAGAGCAAGGACUGUUUGAUAACGGAGAAUACAUUGUGAUAUCUCUGGAGGAGGAAGAAUUAUUUGAUCCGAACAAACAACAUCAGUAUAUUCGCCGGGAUUUUGAAGCAUCCUACAUGACAGCCGAUCCCGUUCCAUUCCGCUCAGUGUUGCUUUUGAGUCAAGGCUCUCCCAUCCACCCGGAUUACGAGUACUUCCAAGACUUGGUGCUAAACUACUCUGAAGCGGAUCCUUUCAAUAUACCAUCUCAUCCAGUCAUAAAAGUGGAGGUUCCGAUUUAUGCUGGUUUGGCAUUCGAUGCAGUGAUGAUCUACGCCAGUGCCCUCACACAAGCUCUUGCAGAUAACAAAUCAGAGUGUGAUGGAACUGCCGUUUUCAACUACAUCAGAUCCAGACCCUACGAGAGUAUUCUCGGUUUCAGCGUGAUGAUCGAUGACCAAGGUGACGCCGAGGGAAAUUAUACAGUCAUGGCACUGGUCGAAACCGAAGACAAUCCAUCCUUGCAGAGAAUGCGACCGGUGGCCCGGUUCACGCAUCAAGGAUCCAACGACUUGCCGCUAUUAAGGGUGGAAAGAGGUAUCAACUGGAUUGCUGGAGUACCUCCACUCAGUGAGCCUCGCUGUGGAUUUUCUGGAGAAAGAUGUGACACGAAACCAGAAUGGAGGAUGAUUGUUAUCUAUUGCGUUUGUUGCAUGGUAACUAUGGUUGCUGGUUUCUUUGUGCUGAGACACUACAGAUAUGAGCACAAAUUAGCCUGCCUGCUAUGGAAAGUGGAAAUGAAAGAUCUGGUUUUAUUACGAUCCGACCAUGACGGAGCAUUUCAAAGGCUGCGGAGUAAUUUUAAUGAUGUAGAAAAUGGACGAAUAGAGUCGACGAGACCGGAUUCCAUGAUUGAUCAUGUGACGAACUGGAGCCAGUCAAAAGUGGGCUUCUACAAAGGAAAUGUUGUCCACAUUUACCACGUCUACAAGAAAAAUAUAGACCUCACUAGAAGUCUCAGAAAAGAAAUGAUCCAGAUACGAGAGAUGCGGCAUGAAAACAUCAACCCUUUCAUCGGUGCUUGUGUGGAUCCGCCCAAUAUAUGUAUCCUGACUCUUUUUUGCGCAAGAGGGAGCUUACAGGACGUGCUGAAAAACGCAGACCUGCAUCUGGAUACGAUGUUCAUUGCUUCUUUGGUAGCCGACCUCGUGAAGGGUAUGAUUUACAUACACGAAAGUGAAAUUGUGUCCCAUGGUAACCUCAAAUCCUCGAACUGCAUUGUGGAUAGUCGGUGGAUGUUGAAGAUCACAGAUUUUGGCCUCCACGAAUUUCGGGCCAAUCAGGACCCUCCGAAAGAAGUGGAAGAAAUCAGAUCAAAAUCUUUGCUCUGGAGGGCUCCAGAAUUGAUACGAAAACUGAAUCCUCCACCUAGAGGAACACAGAAGGGUGACGUUUACUCGUUCGGAAUCAUUCUCUUUGAAAUCAUGGGCAGGAUCGGACCCUGGGGGAAGCCAGAACCAUCACUAAAAUAUGUAGAAGAGAGGGUAUCAAACCCUCAGAAUUACGGAGAUGAACUUUUCCGUCCGCCAUCUCAAGAGCUGGAUUGUCCAGAUUACAUCAAACAAUGCAUGGAGGAAUGCUGGCAGGAAGAUCCAGAGAGUAGACCAGAUUUCAGAUUUAUCAAAGUAAAACUCAGAGUUCUGCACUCGGGCUUAAAUACAAACAUAUUUGAUAAUAUGAUUAACAUAAUGGAAAAAUAUGCUUACAAUUUGGAAAGCGUGGUCAAAGACCGUACCAAUCAGCUUUUGGAAGAGAAGAAAAAAACUGAAAAUUUGUUGCUCAGAAUGCUUCCGAAACCUGUGGCAGAACAACUUCUGAGAGGAGAAAAAGUAGAGGCAGAAAGUUUCGAUUCCGUAACGAUUUACUUCAGUGAUAUUGUGGGAUUCACUUCCCUUUCAGCUGUGAGCACUCCCUUACAGGUAGUAGAUCUGCUGAACGACUUAUACACUUGCUUCGAUUCAAUCAUCGGCCACUUUGACGUGUACAAAGUGGAAACGAUUGGCGACGCUUAUAUGGUGGUGAGCGGUCUGCCCAUCAGGAAUGGCAAACGACACGCUGGAGAGAUUGCAUCGCUUGCCCUCAGGCUGCUAGAGGCCAUCCAUACCUUCAAAAUCAGGCACAGGCCGAGAGAAAGACUCAGUCUCAGAAUAGGCAUAAACUCGGGUCCAUGUGUAGCUGGUGUCGUUGGCCUCAAAAUGCCGAGGUACUGUUUGUUUGGAGACACAGUAAACACGGCAUCAAGAAUGGAAUCUAGUGGAGAAGCCAUGAAGAUUCAUGUCAGUGAAGCAUGUAAGCAGAUUCUAGAUAAAAUAGGUGGAUAUGUCUUGCAAGAGAGAGGACUAAUCCAAAUCAAAGGAAAAGGAGAAAUGCGGACAUACUGGCUUAUCGGAAAGCAAUGCUCUAACGAAAGCAGCGCCACCUUUCAACCAAGGGCCUCCCCAAGUCCACCAAUCUCUGUGAGCUGGCUCUCCAGAGACACUUCUUUCCUGAGCGAUUUUGAAGACGGCUUCCCAUCCCACCUCGGCACACCGACGCGAAACGAAAGCUGUCUCAGUUUGUUCCAAGGGUGCAAAAGGAACGCAGAAAAUACCAUUCGCGGAGUGAAUGGAUACCGUUCGGCCCCGGUCAUAAGUUUUGACGAAUUCUUCAGCCCUACCGACUGUAUAUUGUGAUUUGUAAAGUAAGAACGUUGUCAGAAGUAAGCGUUUACCUUUGUGCAGAAGCUAGAUGUGAGAAAACAAGAUUAUGACCCACAAAAUUGCAAAAAAAAAGUUGUGCUUGCAAACUUACUGUCUUUGCGCAGAGAUAAUAACAUUAGGUGUGAAAAUUACACCAAUACGAGUACAGCCCAAUCAAGAAAUAGAGAAAACUACAAAAAAAUUUCUUGAACAAAAAAUAAAUAAAACACCAAUUCGUACUUAAUAAUAAACUAAUUGUACCCACACGGCUUUACCCGUAGUAGAACAUUAAAAGGCCAUUUGAUUCUCAUGUAUAUUUACAAAUACAGUAAACUCUCGAUUAUCAGCGGGUUAGGAUGGCAUGGUAACCGCGGAUAAGCGAAACCGCUGAUAAUCCGAAAUAUAGGCAAAAAUCGAUACCGGUGUAUGCAAUAGCUAAAAAAUAGGAAUAAAACUACAGAAACGUUAUAGCUACAAACACUACACAUACAGAAAAGUUUUAGCUAAAAUCAAUAACAUUGAUUGUAAAAAAUAUAGGAAAAAGCUAAAAACAAA